CAGCAGAAUAAAAGUGUGAGCCAGGAAGUGAUCAGGAGCUCAACCAACAGAGGAGAGCAGUGAAUGUUACCAGUUUGACAAGUCAGCUCAGAUUUGAUGAUUGAUUCCAGUGAACUUGCGCUGCAUCAAACCCUUGACUCCUGUCUCUUGGCCCCAGAGAACAUCGGUCAUUGCCUGGAGCUGAGAUGGGAGACACACUGGAGUUCAAUGAGAUCUACCAGGAGGUCAAAGGCUCUUGGAACGACGGGCGGCUGCGUUUCAGCAAGCAAAGCGUGGUUUACAAAAACAGCAAGACGGGGAAGGUGGAUAGCAUCUCUGCUAGCGACAUCAACCAGGCCACAUGGAGACGUGUGUGUUUAGGUCACGGCAUCAAACUGGGCACCAGCACAGGAAACGUCUACAAAUAUGACGGCUUCAGGGACACGGACUUUGAGAGGAUCUCUGAGUUUUUCAAGGCUAACUACAAGUUGGAGCUGACGGAGAAGGACAUGUGUGUGAAGGGCUGGAACUGGGGAACAGCCAAGUUCUCCGGGCCACUGUUAUCAUUCGAUGUAAACGAUAAUGCUGCGUUCGAGAUCCCACUGUCCAACGUCUCCCAGUGUGCCACGGGGAAGAAUGAAGUCACUCUGGAGUUCCACCAGAAUGACGACACAGAGGUGUCCCUCAUGGAGGUCCGAUUCUACGUCCCUCCCAGCCAGACUGAUGAACGACAAGACCCUGUUGAAGCGUUUGCUGAGAAUGUGUUGACUAAGGCUGACGUGAUCCAGGCCACAGGAGACGCUGUGUGUAUCUUCAAAGAGCUGCAGUGUCUUACGCCCAGAGGAAGGUAUGACAUUCGUAUCUACCCAACGUUCCUUCACCUCCACGGUAAGACCUUUGACUACAAGAUUCCCUACACCACUGUCCUUCGUCUCUUCCUGCUGCCACACAAGGACCAGAGGCAGAUGUUCUUUGUGAUCAGUUUGGAUCCUCCCAUCAAGCAGGGUCAGACACGUUAUCACUUCCUUAUCCUGCUCUUCUCCAAGGAAGAGAACAUCACCCUCACCCUCAACAUGAGCGAGGAGGAUGUGGAGCGUCGCUUUGAGGGCAAACUCAGUAAGAAUAUGUCGGGGUCCCUGUACGAGAUGGUCAGCAGGGUGAUGAAGGCUCUGGUCAACCGCAAGAUCACCGUGCCUGGGAACUUCCAGGGUCACUCUGGGGCUCAGUGUAUCACCUGCUCCUACAAGGCGUCCUCGGGCCUCCUCUACCCUCUGGAGAGGGGCUUCAUCUAUGUUCACAAGCCGCCUGUGCACCUGCGCUUCGAGGAGAUCUCCUGUGUGAACUUCGCCCGAGGAACCACCACCACACGUUCCUUCGACUUUGAGAUUGAGACCAAGCAAGGAAACCAGUACACCUUCAGCAGCAUCGAGAGAGAAGAAUACGGCAAACUGUUUGACUUUGUUAACGCCAAGAAGCUCAACAUCAAGAACAGAGGGUUCAAAGAGAAGAAGGGCAUGAAGGGUAAAAUUGAUGAGUACAGCGACUCAGACGAAGACCAGCACGAUGCCUACCUGGAGAGGAUGAAGGCUGAAGGCAAAAUCAGAGAAGAGGGUAACGACAGCGACGAAUCAGACGGUGGAAGUGAUGAGUCGUUUAACCCUGGAGAAGAAGAUGAUGACAUUGCAGAAGAGUACGAUAGCAAUGCCUCUGCAAGUGACAGCAGCGAAGACGGGGACGACAGCGAAGAUGACGGUGCGAAGAAGAAGAAACCGGUCAAGAAACCUAAAGUGGUGAAGGAGAAAAAAGAAAGGAAACCACGCAAAGAGAAGAAGCAGAAAGACACGGGCGGCCCCAAGAGGCCGAUGAGUGCCUACAUGCUUUGGCUGAACUCCAGUCGUGAACGAAUCAAGUCAGAGAAUCCAGGCAUCUCCAUCACUGAGAUCUCCAAGAAGGCUGGAGAGAUGUGGAGGCAACUGGGAAAAGACGAGAAGGAGGAGUGGGAUACAAAGGCUGGAGAGGCCAAGAGGCAGUACGACAUAGCAAAGAAAGAGUACAAAGAGAGUGGUGGCGGAUCAACCUCUAGUUCCAAGAAGGAGAGUAAAAAAUCUGCAGGUAAAAAAGACGAGAAGAAGAGGAAGCCCGCCGGUGGAGACAAGGACAAGGAGCGGGGAGGAGGAGGAGGAGGAGGAGCCAACGACAGCUUCAAGAGCCGCGAGUUCAUCCCGACCAGCGAGAGUUCAUCGGACUCCGACCACAAGAGCAAGAGCAAGAAGUCCAAGAGGUCCAAGUCCAAGAAGGAAUCGGAUGAAGAGGAGGAAGAGGCUGUGUCCACUCCCGCUAGCUCGGAGGAAGAGUCCGACUAAACACACACACUCUCACCCAUCGUACAAACACACACAAACCAAGGACCAAGUGUUUCUACUUGUCAUGUUGAUAUCACACAAACAGACUUGACAGACGGACACAUCGGCAGACUGGAGUUGUAUCUUCUGUUUUCUACAUAUUUUUGGCUUUUAGUUUACAGCUCAAGUUGUGACGGGCUCCGAAAGCUCAUGGGAUAUUUGAGCAGGUUUUCCCACUGAUGGCUCAGUCAAACUUUGGUAUACUGGUGUACCAUUUGUUUUCCCCAAAAAACAUUUGUGAAGGUUUAUUUCAUAUCGCCUCAUGAAGAUGGUUGUUGUAGAUCUAUAGCACUGAGGUGUGUAGAACUCAUUAGUUGUGGUUCAGGCAGAGAGGAGCUGAUGCCAAACAAUUCUUUUCUUCUUAUGUAGAGAAUCUAAAAACUGCAGCGGAGUGUUGUUGGUUUUUUAAUUUUUUUCGUUUUCCCAUGUCAUCUUUUCAGGUUGAAAUAAAUAAAUGAACAAUUUUUAAUAAA